AUGACAAAUAUAACUCAAUGUGCUACUGACUCCAGCUUUUAUUGUUUAAGAGACCUCAUGUCAUCUUGUUCAAAAUUCAUGAUGCUUUUGGAUGCUUUUUCCGGUCCUGAUAUACUCGUUCAUAUUGCGUUUAAACUUCAAUUUAAUGACUUUAGGUUUCUGAAUAAAUCUUGCAUUGUACAAGAUCCUCAGCUAGAUUUGAGCCCAGAUGGAGAAGCCAUAGAUCCUUGGCGCCUUUGCACUGUAGAUCAAGUAGAAGAGCUGAAAGCAUUAAUCAAAGUUGUUCCAAUCUGGUUGACGGGAGUUGUAAUGUCCAUAAAUAUAAACCAGAACUCUUUCCCAGUUCUUCAAGCGACUACCAUGGACCGACAUAUUGGUUCCAGCUUUGAAAUCCCAGCUGGCUCCUUUGGCAUCUUUGGUGUCAUCUCUGCUAUACUUUGGAUUGUCCUCUACGAUCCUUUGAUUCUUCUCAUAGCAUCAAAAUUGACUGGAAAACCUGUUCAUUUCAGCACCAAAGAGAGAAUGGGGUUUGGUUUAUUUCUUUCUUUCCUGUCAGUCUUAGUGGUGGCAGCUGUAGAAUGUGUCCGGAGAAGUAUCGCAAUCAAGGAGGGCUACUCGGAUGAUCCACAAGGCGUGAUCCCUAUGUCAGCAAUGUGGCUACUUCCCCAGAAUUCCCUUGCUGGCUUUGCAGUGGCCCUGCACGCCAUUGGCCAAAACGAAUUUUAUAUUUCAGAAUUUCCUAGAAGCAUGUCAAGUGUAGCUUCUGCUCUAUUAGGAGUUGGUACGGGAGUAGGAAGCUUACUAGCUAGCUUUUUAAUGAGUACCAUCGACGACUUGACUAAAAGAGGAGGGCAAGAGAGUUGGAUAUCAAGCAAUAUAAACAAGGGCUAUUAUGACUACUAUUAUUUGGUUCUUGCAGGAUUUAGUCUGGUUAACGUACUGUGUUAUAUUGUUUGUAGUAGAGCUUAUGGUCCUUUAAAGGAGAGGAAAGAGUGGUUAUGGAAGAAGAGAAGCCAUGAAAUUGUACAAGAAUUUAUAGUUUCUUACUUGGUGUAUGAGAAGUGUGGGAAAGUAUUGUAG